GUAGUCUCUAAAUCCGACCUUGACCUUAUAUUGGUAGUGGUGUACACAUUCAUGUACCUGUGUGUGUUUACUUCUGAAAAUGUCUUCUCCAACGGAAGAUGUGGUUCGUCAGCGGGCUAAACAAGGUCGGACGUGUAUAACCUAUUCGGGAAACGUUUAUGAUGUCACGGACUUUGUCUCUAAACACCCAGGAGGUGUCGAUGUUUUUGAGGAGCACUCGGGUCAUGAUGUUACAGAAGCUAUGCAUAGCCGGGAAACCCAUAAACACUCCAAACAUGCGUUUACAAUCUUAGAAAAGUACUGUGUUCGAAAAGUUCAGAAAUCGUCAAAUAAUGAGGAUGCAGACCUGUUUUCGAUGGAGGACAAGUACUUCUACAACAGACAGGAGGGCUAUACAGACCCUGUGGAUUGGAAGAAACCAGUUCUACCACAGAUUCCCAAGCUGGGAGAGCAGUACUUUGAGUGGGCACACCAACCGACAGAUUUACCCCUGCGCCUGUUCCACUCGGACUUCGUGGAGUACUUCUCCAAGUGUUCCUGGUGGAUGGUGCCUAUGUAUUGGGUGCCCGCCAUGCUGGCCAUGAUCUACACGGCCUACACCGGACUCAGCGAACACCCCGAUCUGUGGCUGCCAUGGAUGGCGGGAGGUAUUGAGAUCAACGUGUCCCGGAUGCCAUAUCUCUUUCUCCUGGGUGCUUUGUCAUGGACACUGCUGGAAUAUGUAAUUCAUCGCUGGGUGUUUCAUCUCAAACCACCCACACAGUAUCCCAUCAUCCUCCAGCUGCACUUCUUGUUGCAUGGGCAGCACCAUAAGGCACCCAUGGAGAAGGGUCGACUAGUAUUUCCGCUGGUGCCAGCAAACAUCUUGGCAGUAAUAAUGUACUCUCUCGUGCGUCUGGUGUGUCCGCGGCUGAUGACGCUGUCCGUCAUCUCAGGGACUGUGCUGGGCUAUAUGACGUAUGACCUCAUCCACUACUACCUACAUCAUGGUUCACCAUCCCUCACGUACUUCAAGAACCUCAAGCGAUACCAUGUCAAACACCAUUUUGAACAACAGCAUAAAGGUUUUGGAAUAUCCAGUAAACUGUGGGAUUAUCCGUUCAAUACACUCAUAACAGAGUGACCUUCACCUUGCCCUUGCCACACAUUCUUUCACUGAGGAAGACCAGGAAGGACACAGAGGCUAUCCCAUCAGCCCUUGCAACAGGAAGCCCUUCUGUUCUGUCAGUCCGGCCAGUCGUGUGUCUUUGAGUGUAGACUUUCACAAACAUACCCUGAUGGCGCUAAUUCCGUCGUACUGAAGAACUGAGUUUCUCCAAUUAUAAUAAACAGAUUUAUUGUUUUUUUGCUAUAUUUGUGUACUUAGUUUUAGUGUGAUAGGCAUCAAUGUGUUUCCGAUGCUUAAGAGCUUAAGAUUCUGUAAUUAUUAUCGCAUAGGCAGAAGAAUUGUAUGUAUGUAUUCAACAUUGAUGCAUGUUUAGACAAUAUUAUCAAGAGUUGUUUUUUAAGUGGUACGAUAUAUUUGUGAGUUUGUUUAGAAUUCCAUUUAAAUGAAAUGACAAGAUCAAAAAAUUGUGAUAAGAAUGUGGUUACUUAUGUAUAUUUGUUAACAAACCCGUUCCUAUAAAAAAAUUGAUGAUGAAAAGAGGUCCUAAUGUUAAUCAGAACAUUGUGAUAUGUAAUUCAUAUGUAUACUGUUGCAUAUUAUUAUGAUCCUAUUUGUCAUUUUGUACCGUUACAGCCCCUUAAUGUUCUUUCGUGCACCUUAGGAUGUGCAUAUAGGAGGGGGUAAGGUGCACCAGUGUGCAUUGUGGACGAAAAUACAUAGUCGACGCUAUGCAUGAUUUUGUCAGGUUUCUUCAGUCCUUGCAGUAUAUCCAUGAAGCUAUUCAGAUUUUCCAUUUUUCACACCAAGAUUUGUAAAUGUCACGAAAUAUCUGCAGUCUGUCAAUCUUACAUUUUCAGUUUAUAUAUAGUAAUGUGUGAUAGAGAGAGAUUAAUGAGACAGAAAGAAAUCCUGUUUUUGUUGUGUAUAUAAUGGCUAUGUAUAUAUUAUUAGCAAGCACAUAAGCAGAUGCAUGACUACUGUAUGAGCGCCUGUAAACCCACCAGAAGCUGGGAUUAAGCUGUCAAGCUGUAGGCAGUGUGUGGCUUGAAUGGCCAAGUUCAGAUAUAUUUUCAUUCUGCUGAAGAGGUAUUUUUGCAGAGUUUGUACAGUAGAGUUAUUUUUCAAAACUUCCUGUAUCAGUGUGCCAUUUUGGAUAUUGUUAUUUCUUAUUUUGAAUUUCUUUGUUGAUGUUUCUGUUUAGUUGUCUCCUUAAUAGGGAUUGAAAGGCGUGAGGAAGUCCCAGAAUGUGUGUGUCCUCCAGUGUCUUUUGCUCAAGAUACAGGAGCUGCAGGUUCUGAGAGGAAAAAGAUAUGAUCGUAUUCUUACAGUUUUGUACCAUCAUUAGGUUUCCAGAUAUAUUUUGUACCGUUUCUAGAGUUCCCCGAAGCCAAGUUGAAAAUGGUUCCUCAUAGUCUUAGCACUGCGAUCUUCAUAAGUCUAUGGGAGUUACGACAAAUGAAGUGCUGUGAUCACUGUUUGGUCCUGUUCCACAAAGCAAUCGUAGUGGCAAAAUCUUCAUAAGUCCGUGUUUAAGUAUGAGUGUUAAGUUUGUGUUAAACUAUUCUAGCACUAUGAUUAUUUCGUGUGAUGGGCCCUUGGACCUGUUCCACAAAGUGAUGUUAGCGCUAAGGUGAUCCUAACUCCCAUACUUUAACGCUGACUUACAACAUUUGUAGUGCUACGAUCGCUUUGUGGAAUGAACUUGUGGAAAUCAAGGGGGCUGAUAUAAAAUCUGUUUCAAAAUGAAGUUUUAGGUUAUGGAGGGGCAUAAUAUGACAUGAUUUUAUUCAGGAAAUGUUAAACACAAAAUGUUGAUACUUGCGUUUCGUUGAUAAUUUGUUGAGGAAUGUAAAUCUUGUAAAUAUGGUUUGCAUUUGGAUGUUUCCAUUUUUUAGUACUUUGACUGUUGACUGAAAUCCAGUCAUGCAAGCUGUAAAUUACAUCAUUGUCAUUCUGUGAGUUACAUUAGGCUGUGUUCGUAGAGAGAACCUCUACGUCAAGUCUAGAUACAUGUACAUUAUCAAGGUUGAUAUGUGUAAAAUAUUUGUUGAGCAUUGUGCAGUGUCAAAUGAUGUUUGAAGUUGAAAAUUAACAGCUUGUUGGGGAAUGUCUUCAGUGUGACUUACCUUGUGUAUGCUCAUUUGUACAGAAUUUUAAUCUUUGUUAAUCCUUUUCGCCAUAUUCAGUAUUUUGCAGGGAAGGCCAGAAGUCCUUUUGCAGUGCUUUAGGAUGGUUAGCCUCAGUUCAGCCAGACCUUUUUCUUUUCUUUUUGGUUUACGGAUUUCUGGCCAUAAAAUUCAGGUCGGUAGUUCUAAAAAACUAUUUUAUUUUUCGACCCCUCGAAAUGUUAGGUAGGUUGGACAUUUUUUAGGGGGUGAAAAAUAAGUUGGGCAGCAGUUUUUAGGCUAGAAUUUCAACAGGUUUUAAUUAUGGUAUUUUAAAUAAUUUAUUUAUAUUGAUAGCCACAGUAAUUGCAUUUGGAUUUUUAACAUUUUAAUUGUUUCGGGUCUGCGGAAUAUUAACCCCACUACUUUUCAUUUAUUUUUUAUUCGUUCACUUUUCCAAUUGAAUCUGCAAAUUUGUAAACCAAGAAGAUCUGGCCUUAUUCAUGUUAUUCAGUGCAAUGGUUUUGUUGAUAACCACAUAUAUAACAUUACAUAAUCAGGUAUCACCUUAGCGUGACUGAUUGUAGGAGUGUUACAAACUAUUGUAGGAGUGUUACAAGGCAUGUCUGUGUAUGGCAAAUCAGUAGGGGCCUAUUCAUGGUGUUUUCUAGAUUGUGGAAACUUAUUAUUUACUUAGAAGAUCAUCCUAAUUCCUCUCAAGCAUGCAUUGAUAUCCCUUCUUCAAAUCGUUAGGGAUCGUGACAAUUUUGGGGACACACAAUUCCAUAAAACUAUCCUCCCAAAUAUUCAUAAUCCCUAUCCGGUUGGGGUUUUUUUUCAGUGUAUAAACUAUUUGAGGAAACAGCACAGAGAAUCCUUGUCACUUGUACCUAAUAUUACCCUUGUGUUUCCCAUUGCUCAAUCCCCAGAUGCCACCUAAAUCUUAGCAACCUGUUACCAUGGAUACUAGAGCUAACUGUGUAAUGCAUGGGGACCUCUUGCCAGUAUCCUGACAAUAUUUACUCUUGUCACAACAUCGGGACAUUCGUGCCCUCGUUCCAGAAAAUACUGCUGGCCGAAUAGCUUAAGUGGUAUGCUUUAUCCUUUUAUCCUAUAUCAUCCUCGACUAUCCAGGGAAUAUUAUUCUGUUCUGAGAUAUACCCUGGUUCAAUCGCCAGCACAUCCUGUUACCAUGGAGAGUAGAGUUUCUGUGUGUGAUUACUUCAUGUACAAGAUGACCUUGAUCUCUGUAAGAAUGCAGGUAUCCUGCCCAUGUAAUAGAUAUAGGUACCUGAGUAAUGCAUUGGGAUCCUCUUGCCAGUAUCCUGACAAUAAUGACUCUUGCCACUAGUAUCAAACAUGUGUGAGAUUGAAUUCCGGCCUGUGAUUGGCUUCUCCCUGUUCUGUCAUUUUAGGUAAAACAAAAUUACUGAAAAUUAGGUACAUUGAAAAUCUCGCUAAAAUCUCAAAAUCUACAUAUCGGUUGUAUUAACUUAAAGAAUUGAAUUUCAAAAAUAGCAUAUGGGUGAUCAUGGGUAUCAUUAAAUCUGAAUUGUUAAUUCUGAAAUGUCACUGAUAAGCGUAGAACAUUUUGGAAAAUACACGAAAGCCGAAGUGAACUUUCUUCCAUAUUGGAUAGUGCUUAUGAAAUCACAUUUCAUGUAUGCCGGUUAUGAGACGCCUAUUGCCUAACGUUUAUUUCAAACUAAGCUGUGAUACAUACAUCCCUGAAUUCCUCCCAAGUUUUAGAAUGAAAUGACAAAUGGUCCUCGUCACCAAUACAAAUUAUCGAGAUGAAAUCAAGCGAAAUAAGUUAGAUGUGAAAAGUCGUAUGCUCUAUCCUCUUAUCCUAUAUCAUCCUUGACUAUCUAGGGAAUUACAUAUUUAUUCUAUAUGACAUAUACCCUAUAAUGAUUCGUCACCAUAUAUUUAAAGUCUCUGUCUCUCUUAUUAACUCUGUUCGAAAUUACUUUUAUGAGUUUGAAAUAAACAACCAAUCAGAAUGUCCCUUCUGAACACAAGUUUAGCAUUUCCAAAAUCGUGAUCUUGUAGCAGCGAGCGAGCAGUCAAUAUAUUUAAUCAAAUCAGAUUACCAUUAUAAGGAAACGUUGGUCUUGGAAAAUAAUGUACUAAGACUUGAUAAGGGAAGUCCUUAUGUUACUAGACAUCUUCCUGAAGCAAGGGAGUUAACUGACUGAAAAAGUCCAGUUUCCACCCUUUAUCGUAAUAGAAUGGCAAUAUAAUCCACCUGAUAAUGGAGAAUGGCUAAUACUGUGAAAUACCUCCUUGAUGUUAAGUGUUAGUAGUCCCUUUGAGUCAGAAUUGUCAGUAUCAUUAGAAACAUUGAGUUUCUGUAAUAUGGAAUAUUUAGUUGUUGAAAGUUGCUUCCAUUUGCACGAGAUACCAAGAUGAAGCUAGUAAGCUGAAACAGAUCCUGUGCUGAUAUUGUUUCCUAGCAGUGUGUAACUGUACUUUGUUUAUCCCUGUAUCUAGAGCAACAUACAAUCGCUACUUUGUCGUGCAUGACAGCUGAGAUUAGUGACAAGUGACAAUUGUUCAACCAUACUGAAUAACAAGUGAUUGAAAAUGGUAUGUUUAGAAAAAAACUUUGAAACUUCCAAAGUAUUGGAAGAUGGGAUACAACAAGCUGUACCUGUUUGCACAAAGACUGAGUUGAUAAAAAAGACUAGAGAGAGGCACAAGUCGCCAUUCGGCUGGUCUUUGAAUGAAAUUGAGCAAAGAUCGAUCCAAGUUGAUAAAUUAUACACAAGUCGCCAUCGGCUUUUCUCGGAAUGAAAUUGUGCAAAGAUCGAUCCAAGUUGAUAUAUUUGACACAAAAGCGCACAAGUCGUCAUUCGGCUUGUCUCGGAAUGAAAUUGUGCAAAGAUUGAAGUUGAUAAAUUAGACAUGGGAGGGCACAAGUCGGCUUGUCUUUGAAUGACAUGAGUGGUCACGGAUAAAUAGCUGGAGUCGUUGCUUGCUCGGUACAUUUGUUGUAUAUAUUGUUUACUCAGAAUCGUACCCAUACUGUUAACUUGUGAAAUCAAAUUGUUGGGUAGUCGAUUUUCUUUCAUGUUCAGAGCCCAUCUACAUGUUUGAUGUUAUCUUAUUUAUCUGGGGCGGUUGAGUAGCCUUGUGGUUAAAGCGUUCACAUGUUACGCUGAGGACCAAGGUUCGAUUUCCGACAUGGGUACAAUGUGUGAAGCCCAUUUCUGGUGUCCUUGUCGUGAUAUUGCUGGAAGAUUGCGGCGUAAAACCGAACUCACUCACACUUAUUUAUCCCGCGAAACAUGCCCCACCAUUAGUAUGAAAUGUGUCAAUUCCGUUUAUGAUUCAUCCCACUUCAUGACUGAAAUGGCAAACCUCUGAGGCGCCGUUAUACCGUUAUGCUUUAACUAUAUGUAAUCAUUUCAGUGUUGCAGCUUCAUCAGUUACCAUGGUUACAGGUUAUGUAAUAUAUGGUAAUGUUUUUGCUUUGGAUAGAAAAUGGAUUGGAGAAAUAUGUUCAUUUUACAUCAACAAAUAUGGCCGACCUAUAGGCUGCGUAGAUUUCGCUUCCUGAGCACAACUGUGUAUUUCACGCAUGGACACUGCAUAUCUGGAGCUCUGCUUUGUAUUUUAUUGCCCUCUGUUGGCAGUUUUUCGAUAGUUUCGACACAGUUAUAUCUUAUAUUGUGGAGAAUAUAUCAAAUUGCCAAGAGGCAUUGCACACAACCGGACAUGUCAUAGUGGCGGGGGAUAUGAGUAUUUCAUGCUUGUUAUUACUAUUAUUGCUUUCAUGUUGGAUAGAUUGUUUUCCAAUAACAUCGUGACCGUUUCACGGUCUGUUUGCAAAGUAAUAAAAGUUAAAACCUUGUAGGUGGAAUAAUUUAUUAUUACUAUUAUUGCUUUCAUGUUGGAUAGAUUGUUUUCCAAUAACAUCGUGACCGUUUCACGGUCUGUUUGCAAAAUAAUAAAAGUUAAAACCUUGUAGGUGGAAUAAUUGAUUAUUUAUUUCUAAAGUUAUUAAUUCAUAAACAAAUUCAUUCCCUCC